ACAUUUACACAUCCGGUGAAAUGUGUGGCUCAUUGUUCUGUCUGUGAUUUUACUGUGGUGACCUCUUCGUUGCUUAUCUACUCUGAUCCUCCGUUUUCCAGCCCUGCUUGCGAUCAGAGAUGCCGGGGUUGGAUUCAUCGCCUAGCGUUGACAAAACUGUGGAAAACAUUGGAAGACUCCCACCUGAUUUAUUGGCAGAAACAUGUCAGCAGAUUCUGAGUCAUCUCCAAGGACAGGUCAGGGGAGUGGAUUCUGCUGAAAUCUCUGAUAAGUUUCAAAGAGCUGGGAUCCGACUUGACCAAGAAGCUCUACAGGAGGUUGUCCAAUUCCUCUUCUUAACGUUCAGGUCAACUGAAAAGAACAACUUCUCUGCUGAUGAACUGGUAGCUAGGCUGGGAGAGGGCAGCAGUAAGUGGGCCAAAGCUGCCCUUCAGGUGCUCCACCGGCUAUGGAGUGAUCAGGGUUCCCUAGUCAACACGCACCAAGAGUCCCAAGCCAUGCUUAGCAUCGGACAGCUGGUGGACAUGCAGUGGAAGCUGGGCAUGGCGGUGAGCUCGGACACCUGUCGCUCUCUCAACUCCCCCCACGUCUCCCUCCUGUUGAAGAUCGCAGACACCUCUGGACAGAUCUCCCAACGGUCCUUUGAAAUGACCAUUGCACAAUUCCAGAACUUCUACAGGCAAUUCAAGGAGAUGGCAGCUGUUUUGGAAACAGUAUGAUGUUCUGUGGCCCAGAAACCCAUCCUUGAUGAGAAUGCCAUGCCCUUAUUUACAUUAUUGGUAAUGUUUACGCUCAAAGCAUUUUGUGUCCACGAAUGCUGAAUUCCAGUGGUGUAAAAAUACUUUAAAGUAUCUGUACUUUACUAUUUAUAUUUUUACUUCACUACAUUCCCAAGGAAAAGUAUGUACUUUUUACCCUAUACAUUUUUCCCUAACACCCAAAAGUACUCAUUACAUUUUGAAUGCUUAGCAGGACAGAAAAUGGUCCAAUUCGCACACUUAUCAAGAGAACAUCCCUAGUCAUCCUUACUGCCUCUGAUCUGGCAGACUCACUAAACACAAAUGCUUUGUUUGUAAAAAAAAAAAAAGAAAUGGAGUAAAACCUGCCUCAGUCUACUGAAUACCUAACCCUGGGAUAGAGUUUUAUUUAUUUUAAUGGUUCCAGUAGAAAGCUGCCAGGAGGGCAGCACACAGGAGGGGUGGAGGUAGUGAAAGGCUCCUGGGGGAGACCUUUUUCUGUUAAAUAAACACCCUUAACUGAUGU